AUGCUGGCCGGACGCUCCUUCGCCGCCCCCGCGCGGCAAUGUCUGCGCCGGGCGAACGCGCCCUCGAGGUGGACGCCCGCACUGGUGCAGUCGCGAGGCUACGCCGCCGAAGUCGCAAAGUUCAAGGGCCAGAAGGGCAACGACGGAAAGUACACAGUUACGCUGAUUGAGGGCGACGGUAUCGGCCCUGAGAUCGCGCAGUCCGUCAAGGACAUCUACAGCGCCGCCAACGUGCCCAUUAAGUGGGAGCCCGUCGACGUCACCCCCCGCCUCAAGGACGGUAAGACCGUCAUCCCGGACGAGGCCAUCGAAAGCGUCACCCGCAACCUCGUCGCCCUCAAGGGCCCGCUCGCCACACCCGUUGGAAAGGGUCAUGUCUCGCUCAACCUUACUCUCCGCCGUACCUUCAAUCUCUUCGCCAACGUGCGCCCCUGCAGGAGUAUCGUGGGCUACAAGACGCCGUACGACGAUGUGGACACUGUCUUGAUCCGUGAGAACACCGAGGGCGAGUACUCGGGCAUUGAGCACGUUGUGGUUGAUGGUGUUGUUCAGAGCAUUAAGCUCAUCACGCGCGAGGCCUCUGAGCGCGUCCUCCGCUACGCCUUCCAGCACGCACGUGACAUUGGCCGCAAGAAGGUGCGCGCCGUCCACAAGGCCACCAUCAUGAAGAUGUCCGACGGUCUGUUCCUCUCCACCGCGCGCGACGUCGCCAGGGACUUCCCCGAUAUCGAGUUCGACGCUGAGUUGCUGGACAACACCUGCUUGAAGAUGGUGACCGACCCGCUCCCCUACAACGACAAGGUCCUCGUUAUGCCCAACUUGUACGGAGACAUUUUGUCUGACAUGUGCGCUGGAUUGAUCGGUGGUCUUGGUUUGACUCCCUCCGGCAACAUCGGUGACGAGUGCUCCAUCUUCGAGGCUGUUCACGGUAGCGCACCGGACAUUCAGGGCAAGCAGCUUGCUAACCCCACCGCGCUGCUGCUCUCUUCUAUGAUGAUGCUGAGGCACAUGGGCUUGGGCGACCACGCGAACAACAUCGAGCAGGCCAUCUUCAAGACCAUCGCCGAGGGCAAGACCAUUACUGGUGACCUUGGCGGCAAGGCCAAGACCUACGAAUACGCCGAUGCGGUCAUCAAGGCCCUUAAGUAG